AUGAAGAAGAAGAACAAGGAGGACCUGUACAAGGAGAACAAGCUGGAGGCGUCGAAGCUGAGGAUCGCCAUCGUGAGUACGGACAAGUGCAAGCCGAAGAAGUGCCACCUGGAGUGCAAGAAAAACUGCCCAAUCGUCAAAACGGGCAAGUUCUGCAUAGAAGUGGAGCACACCUCGAAGAUAGCCUACAUAAGUGAAACCCUCUGCAUAGGCUGCGGUAUCUGCGUGAAGAAGUGCCCCUUCUCCGCCAUAACAAUUAUCAAUUUGCCAAAGGAUAUUAACAAAGAUGUGGUUCAUCGGUACGGACCGAACACCUUCAAACUGCACAGACUGCCCAUACCCAAGUUGGGCCAAAUAUUAGGUCUGGUGGGAACCAAUGGAAUAGGAAAAUCCACAGCGCUGAAAAUCUUGUCGUCCAAAUUGAAGCCCAACUUGGGGAAGUUCAGUAACCCCCCGGAGUGGAGAGACAUCUUAUCCUUCUUCCGAGGAAAUGAGUUGCAAAUAUUUUUCACAAAAUUGCUGGAGGAGCAACUGACGCCAAUUAUAAAACCGCAAAAUGUAGAUUUAAUUCCAAAACAAAUUAAGGGAAACAUUUUAGAAAUAAUAAAUAAAAAGGAUAAGCUGAACAAAAAGGACCAGUACAUGAGUGCCCUCGAAUUGGACCACCUCCUCGACAGAAACGUAGAAGAUCUAAGUGGAGGAGAGUUACAAAGAUUCGCUCUCCUAAUAUCUAUCAUAGGGCAGACGACAAAUGUGUAUAUGUUUGACGAGCCGAGCAGCUACCUAGACAUUAAGCAACGCAUAUCGAUGGCCAAAAUUAUUCACAGCUUAGUUAGGCAUGAUAACUACAUCAUCGUCGUAGAACACGACCUUUCCAUUUUGGAUUACCUAAGUGAUUAUGUUUGCUGCCUAUGGGGGAAGGCAGGAGCGUACGGAGUGGUCACCUCUCCCUUUUCUGUAAGAGAAGGUAUUAACGUAUUCUUGGAUGGCUUCGUACCAACUGAUAACCUACGAAUAAGGGAGGAGUCUCUAAAUUUUAAGCUAGCUACAGAUCAGGACGUAACAGAUGAAGAUAAAAAAAGACUCCAUUUUUACAACUACCCAACUAUUAAAAAAACACUAAACAGUUUCACCUUAACCAUCAACAAAGGUAUCUUUUCCGAGUCAGAAAUAUUCGUUCUCUUGGGGCAGAAUGGAAGUGGGAAAAGUACCUUCAUACGUCUCUUCGCGGGACUUAUCAAACCGGAUAACGUAGAAAGUCUUGGCUUCCUUGAAUCUCUUAGCGUUUCUUACAAACCGCAACAAAUACAGGCAAAGUACACCGGGACGGUCAGGCAGCUACUCAUGUCCAAGCUAAAGGGGCUAUACACAGAUCCCUAUUUUAAUAAUGAAAUUAUUAAGCCGCUCAAAAUUGAAGCUAUCCUAGACAACCAAGUGUUAACCCUCUCAGGGGGGGAAUUGCAAAAAGUUGCCAUCAUCAUUACACUGGCCAAGAACACCAACAUCUAUCUCAUCGAUGAACCCUCUGCCUACUUAGACUCCGAGCAGAGAAUCAUCGUUUCCAAAAUUAUUAAACGAUUCAUCCUGAAUACUAACAAAACGGCGUUCGUCGUGGAGCACGACUUCAUUAUGGCUACCUACUUGGCCGACCACGUCAUCGUCUUCGACGGCCAGGCGGGGGUCAACACCGUCGCCAACACCCCCCAAACGCUCGUCGCCGGCAUGAACAAGUUCCUCAAAAUUAUCGACGUCACCUUCAGGCGAGACCCCACCAACUACCGCCCCAGGAUAAACAAGUACGACAGUGUCAAGGACAAGGAGCAGAAGCUCAACGGCACCUACUUCAUCAUCGACGAGUAA